UAUGGACGAGGCUCAAGCGACAGUACGCUCCCGGAUGAAGAAUAUUUACAAGCGGCACACGCUCUCCCAAUACAUGAUAUGAAAGGAUUAGUGAUCAAAGAACCUCGAACAAAAUUAAGCCUGCGAUUUUUAAAGUUUGGUAGCCGCUGGUCGAAGUUCGACUGUUCAUUAAAAAUCGGUGGCGUAAAUCGCUCAGAGAGAACUCUUUAA